AUGGAGGAAGGAGGAGGAUAUGCGUUUGAGGUUAACAAUGGACGAACAACGGCGAGUGAGUUCGGGACGACGACGGCGAGGAAUUCGUCACCGCAGCGACCGUCAUUGACUAUGUCGUCGUCGUUCCGCGAAGGAGGGAGUAGAGGUUUAACACGACGGAGGUCAAUGAAGCCGAGUUUCGACGCGGAUAACGAGUUCAUUACUUUACUCCACGGCUCAGAUCCGGUUAAAGUUGAGCUCAAUAGGCUCGAGAAUGAAGUCAGAGAUAAAGAUCGGGAAUUAUCUGAAUCCCAGGCUGAGAUCAAGGCUUUGAGGUUAUCUGAGCGGCAAAGAGAGAAAGCUGUUGAAGAGCUUACGGAAGAGUUGGGAAAGAUGUCGGAGAAGCUCAAACUAAGUGAAAACCUUAUCCAGAGUAAAAACCUUGAAAUCAAGAAAAUUAACGAAGAGAAAAAGGCGUCCAUGGCAGCUCAAUUCGCUGCAGAAGCCACUCUUCGAAGGGUCCAUGCUGCUCAAAAAGAUGACGAUAUGCCUCCUAUCGAAGCCAUUCUUGCUCCUUUAGAGGCUGAGCUCAAGUUAGCGAGACAUGAGAUUGUUAAACUUCAAGACGACAACAGAGCAUUGGACCGUUUAACUAAAUCAAAGGAAGCAGCCUUGCUGGAUGCUGAAAGAACUGUUGAGACUGCUCUUGCCAAGGCUUCUAUGGUCGAUGAUCUUCAGAAUAAAAACCAAGAGUUAAUGAAACAGAUUGAGAUUUGUCAGGAAGAGAACAGAAUACUGGACAGGUUGCAUAGACAAAAGGUUGCAGAAGUUGAAAAGUUUACCCAGACAGUGCGAGAGCUAGAAGAAGCCGUUCUUGCCGGUGGUGCAGCUGCAAAUGCAGUGAGGGAUUACCAGAGGAAAUUCCAAGAAAUGAAUGAAGAGAGGAGAAUCCUUGAUCGAGAGCUGGCCCGCGCAAAGGUAAGUGCGAGCAGAGUGGCAACUGUUGUGGCAAAUGAGUGGAAAGAUGGUAGCGACAAAGUGAUGCCUGUGAAGCAAUGGCUCGAAGAACGGAGAUUUCUUCAGGGUGAGAUGCAGCAACUACGUGACAAGCUUGCCAUAGCUGAUCGAGCUGCAAAAUCUGAAGCUCAGAUGAAAGAGAAAUUUCAAGUGCGGCUUAGAGUCUUAGAAGAGAGUCUCAGAGGGCCUUCAAGCAGUGGCAACAGAGCCACACCUGACGGAAGAAGUAUAAGCAACGGGCCUUCUCGGAGACAAUCCCUUGGUGGAGCUGACAUUAUUCCAAAACUGACAUCAAAUGGAUUCUUCUCGAAAAGAACACCGAGCUCUCAGUUUAGAUCUUUGAACGCUAGUACAAGCACAAUACUGAAGCAUGCUAAAGGAACAUCCAGAUCAUUCGACGGAGGCAGCAGAUCUGUAGAUAGGAGUAAACUACUAACAAACGAACCAGCGUCGUCGAAGUUUCCAUCUUCUGAAGGCGACGACUCACCUAAUUCAUCAAAACAAGGAGAUUCAGAGAAGCCUGCAGGAACAAACAACGACAGUGUUCCAGGAGUCUUGCAUGAUUUGCUACAGAAGGAGGUGAUAACUCUUAGGAAAUCAGCUCAUGAUAAAGAUCAAAGCAUAAGAGAUAAAGACGAAGCUAUCGAGAUGUUGGCUAAGAAGGUUGAAACACUAACAAAGGCAAUGGAGGUGGAGGCAAAGAAGAUGCGAAGAGAAGUAGCUGCGAUGGAGAAAGAGGUUUCAGCGAUGCGUGUGGAUAACAAAGGGUCAGAGAGUAGAACGAGACGUCCCUCUUCUAACUCAAAAGGAUCUUCAACAACUGCACAUUUGCUCUCUGGAAGCAGAGGCUCAGGACGAAUGGGGAUGACGAGAAGCACACAGUGA